UCACUGCUCUGACAAUGCUGUGAAGGGAGCAGAAGAGGAGAAACCUAAUCUCAGAACCCAACACCUAGCAACAGUUGAAAAAACUUUUAAACAAAAGUCUGGGUGGGAGAUAUACAACAGCCUCCAAUUUCUGCUGAUCGGGAUUUCAGGGAGAAGAAGCUGCUUUCCCCUUCUCUCUACCCGGUUUCCUGCAUGACUUCAGCUAUUGGCUAGUCCUAGGAAAGAAAGUGGGAAAAGCUUUCUCCUCUGUAUUCUUUUGGGCUGGAUAGUUUUCCAGAACUCCAGUCUCUCUUGGGCUGUGGGGCAAGCCACUGGGUUCUUCCAAGGAUAAGCUACCUCCAUAAAGGACGUACCUUUGGUUAGACGAGCUGCCAGUCAGGUGGGAAUGAGAUCCCGAAACCAGGGUGGUGAAAGUUCAUCCAACGGGCAUGUCUCCUGCCCCAAGUCCUCCAUCAUCAGCAAUGCUGAUGAUAAAAGUCUCUCGGAAGAUACAAAAAAGAAGAACAAAUCAAAUAGAAAGGAGGAAGAUGUCAUGGCCUCAGGAACUGUCAAACGACACCUAAAACCAUCUGGAGAAAGUGAACGAAAGAAUAAGAAAUCCCUGGAGUUAUCCAAAGAAGACCUCAUCCAGCUGCUGAGUAUAAUGGAAGGGGAGCUGCAGGCCAGGGAAGAUGUGAUCCACAUGCUGAAGACGGAGAAAACCAAGCCUGAGGUUCUGGAGGCUCAUUACGGGUCUGCGGAGCCGGAGAAAGUGUUGCGGGUCCUGCACCGAGACGCCAUCCUGGCCCAGGAGAAGUCCAUAGGAGAAGAUGUGUAUGAGAAACCCAUCUCAGAGCUGGACAGACUUGAGGAAAAACAGAAGGAAACCUACCGGCGCAUGCUAGAGCAGCUGCUGCUGGCCGAGAAGUGUCACCGGCGCACGGUGUACGAGCUGGAGAACGAGAAACAUAAGCACACAGACUACAUGAACAAGAGCGAUGACUUCACCAACCUGCUGGAGCAGGAGCGGGAGAGAUUGAAAAAACUCCUUGAACAAGAAAAGGCUUACCAAGCCCGCAAAGAAAAGGAAAAUGCUAAGCGGCUCAACAAACUGAGAGAUGAGCUUGUGAAACUCAAGUCCUUCGCACUCAUGCUGGUGGAUGAAAGGCAGAUGCAUAUCGAGCAACUUGGCCUGCAGAGCCAGAAAGUACAGGACCUGACUCAGAAACUGAGGGAAGAGGAAGAAAAGCUCAAAGCCAUCACUUCUAAAUCCAAAGAAGACAGGCAGAAAUUGCUCAAGUUGGAAGUGGACUUUGAACACAAGGCUUCGAGGUUUUCCCAGGAGCAUGAAGAGAUGAACGCUAAGUUGGCCAAUCAAGAGUCUCACAACAGGCAGCUCAGACUCAAGCUGGUUGGCUUGACUCAGAGAAUUGAGGAGCUGGAAGAGACCAACAAAAAUCUUCAAAAGGCAGAAGUAGAACUUCAGGAACUCAGAGAUAAAAUUGCCAAAGGGGAAUGUGGCAACUCCAGCCUCAUGGCAGAAGUGGAAAAGCUUCGGAAGCGCGUACUUGAGAUGGAGGGUAAAGAUGAGGAGAUCACGAAAACCGAAUCUCAGUGCAGGGAACUGAGGAAGAAGCUGCAGGAGGAAGAACACCAUAGCCGGGAGCUCAAACUUGAAGUUGAGAAGUUACAGAUGAGAAUGUCUGAACUGGAGAAAUUGGAGGAAGCAUUUAGCAAGAGUAAGUCGGAGUGCACCCAGCUGCAUUUCAAUCUGGAGAAAGAAAAGAACUUAACCAAGGACCUGCUCAAUGAAUUGGAGGUCGUCAAGAGUCGGGUUAAAGAACUGGAAUGUUCUGAAAGUCGAUUGGAAAAGGCUGAAUUAAGCCUAAAAGACGAUCUCACAAAGUUGAAGUCCUUUACCGUGAUGCUGGUUGAUGAAAGGAAAAAUAUGAUGGAAAAAAUAAAGCAAGAAGAGAGAAAAGUGGAUGGACUCAAUAAAAAUUUUAAGGUGGAACAAGGCAAGGUUAUGGAUGUAACGGAAAAACUCAUCGAAGAAAGUAAGAAGCUUUUAAAACUGAAAUCUGAAAUGGAGGAAAAGGUAUACAGUUUGACCAAAGAGAGAGAUGAGUUAAUAGGCAAACUGAAAAGUGAAGAAGAAAAAUCCUCUGAAUUAAGCUGCAGUGUUGACUUAUUAAAGAAGAGACUUGAUGGGAUAGAGGAAGUGGAGAGAGAAAUAACAAGAGGAAGGUGUCGAAAAGGACCUGAGCUCACCUGCCCAGAAGAUAACAAAAUUAAGGAGCUAACACUUGAAAUUGAGAGACUGAAGAAACGUCUCCAACAACUGGAGGUGGUGGAAGGGGAUUUGAUGAAGACGGAAGAUGAGUAUGACCAGCUAGAGCAGAAAUUUAGAAGCGAGCAGGAUAAGGCCAACUUCCUCUCUCAACAACUGGAGGAGAUAAAACACCAAAUCGCCAAGAAUAAAGCAAUAGAGAAAGGUGAGGCAGUGAGCCAGGAAGCCGAGCUGAGACACAGAUUUCGGUUGGAAGAAGCUAAAAGUCGAGACUUAAAAGCAGAAGUCCAAGCCCUGAAAGAGAAGAUUCAUGAACUGAUGAACAAAGAAGAUCAGCUUUCUCAGCUCCAAGUGGAUUAUUCUGUCCUUCAACAAAGAUUUAUGGAAGAAGAAAAUAAGAACAAGAACAUGGGGCAGGAGGUCCUCCAUCUGACCAAAGAGUUGGAGCUGUCCAAGCGGUACAGUCGCGCUCUCCGGCCCAGUGUGAACGGCAGGAGGAUGGUGGAUGUCCCCGUGACGUCCACUGGCGUCCAGACGGAUGCUGUCGGCAGCGAGGCGGCGGAGGAGGACACGCCAGCGGUGUUUAUACGCAAAUCCUUUCAAGAAGAAAACCAUAUCAUGAGUAACCUUCGACAGGUGGGACUGAAGAAACCUAUGGAACGUUCCUCUGUCCUAGACAGGUAUCCGCCCGCGGCCAACGAGCUCACCAUGAGGAAGUCUUGGAUUCCAUGGAUGAGGAAAAGGGAGAAUGGGCCCCCGGUGACUCACGAGAAGGGGCCUCGAGCCGGUUCCAGCCCGGGGCACCCAGGAGAGCUGGUUCUUUCGCCCAAGCAGGGCCAGCCCCUGCACAUUCGCGUGACGCCAGACCACGAGAACAGCACUGCCACUUUGGAGAUUACGAGCCCCACGGCGGAAGAAUUUUUUUCCAGUACCACCGUCAUUCCCACCCUGGGGAAUCAGAAACCGAGGAUAACCAUUAUCCCAUCACCAAACGUCAUGUCUCAGAAACAGAAGAGCGGAGACGCUACUCUCAGCGCGGAGCGAGCCAUGUCCCCGGUCACAAUUACUACCUUCUCCAGGGAGAAGACGCCAGAAAGCGGAAGAGGGCCGUUUGCGGACAGGCCCACGUCCCCCAUUCAGAUCAUGACCGUGUCCACAUCGGCGGCCCCGGCGGACAUCGCUGUCCCUCCCGAAUCCCAGGAAAUGCCCGUGGGAAGGACUGUCCUCAAGGUCACGCCAGAGAAGCAGACUGUGCCAGCCCCAGUCCGGAAGUACAACUCCAAUGCCAAUAUCAUAACCACGGAAGACAAUAAAAUUCACAUUCACUUAGGUUCGCAGUUUAAGCGAGCCCCUGGGACUUCAGCUGAAGGAGCAAGCCCGGUGAUUACUGUCCGACCCGUCAGCGUGACCGCGGAGAAGGAGGUGUCCACCGGCACAGUCCUUCGCUCGCCCAGGAACCACCUCUCGUCUCGCCCUGGCGCGAGCAAGGUGACCAGCACCAUCACCAUUACACCGGUCACGACCUCAUCGGCCAGAGGAACCCAGUCAGUGUCGGGACAAGACGGGUCAUCCCAGCGGCCUACACCCACCCGCAUUCCUAUGUCAAAAGGUAUGAAAGCAGGAAAGCCAGUAGUGGCAGCCCCAGGAGCAGGAAAUCUGACCAAAUUCGAGCCUCGAGCUGAGACUCAGUCUAUGAAAAUAGAGCUGAAGAAAUCUGCAGCCGGCAGCGCUACCUCUCCUGGAGGGGGGAAGGGCUGAGGGCAGUGGCGGAGGGGAAAGCAUCAUCAUACACCAGUUACGUAUGAACUCCAGAUGAAAUGGUAAACCGAGCACACACUGGGUGUGUGUACGUCUUCUGAAUCCCUGUUGAAUGGAUAGUAUUUCUCCAGCUCUCCACCAUCACUAAGGUCCUCUAUGCUACUGAUCAGGACUGGAAAUAAUUUUCUACUUCCAGUGAAUUUUUUUGAGGAUACAAAUGUAAAAACUGAACAUGGUGUUGCUGACAAAAUAAAAAUACGUAGCAUGAGAGCAAUUCAAUCUUUAUGUCAAAAUAAAUUUCUCUUCCUUUGGCAAAGCUUUCAGGUCCAUGGGCACAUGCUGUGUAAUUUAUUUUUAUAAUACACUUUGUAAUGUGAUUUUUUACUAAAGUGUUUCCUUUUUCAUAGUCUAUGGCACAUGUAUCUGUAGAAUACACUGUCAGUUCUUCAAAGCAUGGGUAUUGGUGCAUUCAAAAUGGUAACCUAUACUUAUUUUCUUUCAUCAAUUUGUUAUUUCUGAAAAAAAAAAAAAAGAAAGUACAACACUCUACAUAUUUCCUGGGGUAAAUUCAAGAGGUAAAUGCAAAGCAGGAGAUUCUGGAAGAUGUGUUAUUAUUGUUUGUACAGUGCUGUGGUUCUGAUCAUGGUUCAACACUAACAAAUAACACUGACUUAAGAGCUUAAUUUUAAAUACUUAAGCCAGUUUUUAAAGUUGCUCUUUCUAGUGUUCUGUGCCCAAAACCCUGGAUGAAUUGGGUUUCGUAUGGAACAAAUUAAUAGAAGGAGCUGUAUGCGUUUAACCAGUAAGACUUACAGGAACAUCCUCUACUGACAGUUCAAUUAUAUUUGUUUGCGUUGUUUACUUAUAUGUACAGGACUUAUAAUAAGGACUGUGAUAUCAGGAUAUUUCUCACAAUCUACCCAAAUGAAAGCCUGAAAAUAAACACUGACCUAGAUGCUAUCAGCAUCUUUUUAAAAUAUGGUAGGAGAAAUCCCAAGAUAGAUAACUUUUUUUUUCUUGAUAGCUAGGAUUUGGACAGGUUUUCAUAACCACAUAUAGGUUGGAGAAUAUAUUCUUUAAAGGUUCAAAGCAAACAUACAUUACUCAAAUCUCAGUGUCAGACCUGCUGUUGAAUUUAGGUUUAUGUGAAAAUAUGCAUCAGAAAUCUACUUGAAACCCUAAUAGUAUAGGUUUUUUUAAAAAAAGACUUUGUUAAUAUGGACAUGUUUUCAAUAAGGUCUUUAAAAAGAUAACUGAAAGAUAACUGAAGAGUUGACACAUUUUCUAGGUGCAGAAAUCAUGCCUCACGUCACUUUACUGAGAUUAAAGGAAGAAUGCUUCUGAGUGUCACAAGGAUAACUAGAAAGCACACAAGUAAUACUAUUGGCCCAUUUCUCCAGUCCACGGCUUUAUCCAGGCUCCUAAGGCCACAGAGGGAAAUCCACACUGAAUCUCUGGAAGAGAAAUAUUAGGUUUUAAGGUAUACCUUGUGGAAUUAGCAAAUCAUAUUCAGUAGCUAUUAUAAAUUAAAUAACUAUAUUUUAUGUAAAAUUAGUUUUGAUUUUUGUAAGUAAAAGAAAUGCUACAGUAGGUUUGUCCUAGCAUGAAUGAUUGUGAAUGCAUCACAGACCUACAAGGCUUUCAUUACUGAUUAAGAAAACUAGAGUGUGUAUGUGUGAAGAUUUUAAAAAUUGUUAUGGCUUUUGAUUUCUGAAAAUGUUUCUGAAUUGUAAAGACAAUUUCAAUGAGAAAAGGGUUUUAUUUAGUAUUGUUGUAUUUUUUGAUUCACAGUUAAGUUCCCUAUUUGCCAAUGCUUAUACUUCUUAUGGCAAAAAUAUUCUGAUCUAUCACAAACUAGCAUCUGAAACAAGUAACUUUCUGAACAUGUGGGAAUUUUAUUACACUAAGAGUGAACAGGCUAGAGGAUAAAGCUUUAAAUACUUCUUGACUUUAAUUUAAAAUAUUACAAAAAAUUUAUAUAUAUUUGGACCGAAAGUUUUUAUUCCUCCUGCAUUUAUAAUGAAAUUUGGUACUUGCAAAGCAGAGUGAGGGUGAUGGUGUGAUCCAAGUCAUUCAGAUGGAUACAGAGCUCUUUUCUUCCUCUGCUAUGGUUAAAUCCUUUCUUUAAACUCUAAUGGAAUCUGAGUGACAGAUGAGUAAAAUUAACCUAAAUUAAUAAAAAAAAGUCUUGAAAUAAAAUAAUAGAAUAUUAAAAAUUAACAGAAAAUAGAAAACACCAAAUAGUCAUAUCCUUAUCUAAUGAAUAAACAAACAAGGUCAUAAAUAGUCAUAUUCCAAUAUCAACAUCCAAUUGAAAAAAUUGCCCCCCAUGUGCAAUCCUGGCACCAUCCCAGACUCACAUAAUUUCUAUAUUUUUUAUCAUAAGCAAAUCUCCAAUCAUCAGUAUGAAUGAGAAUCAGUUUUGAAUGGAAUAAUUAGGUUUUCUGAAAUAUAGUCAUAAUCAGUGUUUCCAGGUUAAGGCAUAUAAUUGAACUAAUCCAUUAUGUUGCCCUUUUCUUUUUGAUAGGAGAAUGUUUUUUGAGGGUAUCUUCUACAAAGAUUUUUUUUCAAGUAUGUCAAAAAAUAUUAGGGUUUGAUGAAGUUAGUGGUAGAGGAAAUAUUCCAGAUAUUAGAUGCCUGGAAUGGUCACAAAAUGUGCAGAAUGAACUGCAUCUUAGGACCACCAUUUGAAAAAAAAUCAUGGUGUGGAAUAUCUAGCUUAAACAUUAACAGAGACACCAACACUAUUGAAAUAAUUCACAGCUUCUAAAAACCAGUGCGAGGAGUAAAUGGUGUAUCAGACAAUGCAUUUAAUAUGUCUGUGCCUUUUCUAUUUAUACUGUGGUUGAAUUUUCCUGGAAAUAAAUAAAAAACAUAGCAAAGGUAGGGUGUGUUCAUGAAUUUGAUGAGCAACAAUUCUAAAAACAACAAAAAUGCAAGAUGAAAGUUUAAAAAAAAACAUAUCUGGCAUCUGAGGCCUAUACGCCCCUCCGGACUCCAGUGUUUACGCCUCUGCUAAAAAUACUAAUUAGAAGGCAAAAAGGAAAAAUGACAAAAAUUGUUGUAACAAGUUCAUAAAAAUUGGGAGAGUUUCAUGGAAUUAAUUUUGCUUAGUGACCACUAAAAUUUUAUUUUCUUAAAUUUUCAGCAUUUACUCCAUAACUAAAUGAUGAAAAUUGUGUUUGUUACUUACAGAAAAUGCUGUAGAUUCAUAAAUUUACACAGAAAUGUUUAUUAGGUGCCAUGACAUGAUUCAUUUAUUUUCUGGUGUUGUUUUCUUUUUGUUUGUUUAUGUUAUUUGGGUAAUUUUACCUCACCAUUCACAGAUUUUGUUAUUUUAACAAUUCAGAUCUGUAUUUAUUUAGAUUUUGCUUUAAAAAUAUCAGAUGUUAGCUCUUCCAAUAUAAGAGACUUACAAUGUGAUCAGGUAUUCUUAGAAGUCUUGCAAGGUUUAAUGGAUUUUCAAAAGCAAAAGAUUGCAUUGAAAAAUUUUGGAGCUACAUUCUAUUUUCACAGCAUUCUCAAUUUUGUUUCCUUUAAGUUUUAUUAAAUCCAUGAGAAGUUUAUUAUUUUUCACUACAGCCGAGUGAAUUUAUGGAUAUGUACUUGUUUUUUCUAUGAAUGUAAUAUCCUACUUUCAGUUCUCGACAGGCUAUUGAAAUUAUUUAACCAAUUAAGACAUUCUCUGUGUUAUUUCCAAAGCCAACUGUGUUUAUCAAAAUCUCACCAGAGUGAGAAAAAUAACAAUUGUGGUAUGAAAGCAUUGUGCAAUAUUCUUUUUUGAGUUGGAACAUAAUAUUCAUCAAAUUAAAAUCAUUUAAAAUGAUUAUUCAACCUUCUUUUUUACUUAAAAUUGUUUGCUUUAAAAUAGUUUUCCCUUCUGCAUUUUGUAUUUUCUUUAAAAUAUGGUGUUUAUCACUGUGAAUAUGCAGAAGCGGUACAGCAGAUCUGCCAAAAUGAGAGACGCUUUUCCUUGGAGUUACAUCAUAGUUUGAUGCCUUAGUGAGAUGAACACUGUAAGACACCAAGAGACGCAGCUGGUUGCAGGGUUUCCCUCGCCCCUUUAGCCUCCCCAAAUGCUUUGUCCAUCAACAUUCAGAUAUUUCCCACUGCGUUCCGCUGUCAGUCUAAAGGGAGAUUACUCAGUAGAGUGAACGCUCCUGAGGUUUUCCAGCAGCCCUCAGCCAGCCUCUACAUUGGCAGUUGGGUAAUGGUUUCAGUAGAGUGUGCUGGGAGUGACUGUGGGGUUGUGCUCUGAUCUCUUUUAUUUGUCAGCCUUGUGCCGGAAAUGGUGGUCCAUUGCCAUAGCCAAUCCAAAUGUAUCUUUGCCUUACUGGGGACAAAGGAAUGGGUUUCUCCUAUUAUUUAAAGAUACACAUAUCCAAAAAGCAGGCAAGGCUGAUGUCUACCCAAAGAUGCCUUCCACAGGAAAGGUGCAGAUGUUAGGGGUCUUGCCCAUAAUUGCAGCUCUUUGGCUUCUCUUCUUGGAGGAGUGGAGCACUUUGGGGCACAUGGUUUAAGAGCCCUGGCCAAAAGACUGUUAUUUCAUGACUUCCUGGGAGAAGGGGUCUCAGGCUUUCCAUCAAAUACGCUCAAAUGGAUUUGAGUCUAGCCUUUGAGUCCUGGGCUAGAGUCACUUUUAAUGAGGACAGGAUUUUCCCCCAGGUAGAGAAACCGGAGCAACUUCUCUGGGCCCCAUGUUUGUUGGCAAUAGGGCACACUGCACCAAACGCUUUUCUUUUUCUUUUUCUGAAUGUCAUUAAAGUCUGCUUUUGUAAUUUGUAUUCAGUGAAUCCCAAGGAACGUAUGAACAAUGUCAAACACUGAGGUCUGUCUUCAGCUGGGGCAACACUAGUGACUGCGUGGUUCCAGGCACAGCAACCUGGUCCACAGAUGAUGGUAGGAACCCAGUUCCCUGCAGUUCCCAGAUCAUUUUUUUUUUAAAGAUAAUCAGUCCUCCUUUAGUUUUCCCUGGCAUUAUUUCCAGCAUCUCUUUCAGAGAUAAGUAUCUCUAAGGAUAAAAUAAUUUUCUUCUUUCUCUUCAGGAGUCCAUUUGUCCCAUUCUGCCUUAUACUGACCGGCAUUGGUGUAAAAUUCUGCCUCCCUAGUUUGACUGUAAGCUUCUCAGAGGCAGGACUUGCAUAUUCCUCACAGUGAAUAGAAUAUACUGGAUAAAUGUUUGCAAAAGGCAAUAUAAUUCCUUCUUCCAACUGCUCUGUCUCCUAAUCUUCACAGAAGUUUUCCAUGACCAUAAACACAUACUCAGUUUUGGUCUUUCUGACUCUUACUCCCAUUUCUUUCUCCUCCUUGAGAACAAGGUAUAUGGAUAGUCAAAAUGGCAGGGUGUUUUAUAGGCACUUAAUUAUUGACUCCUAAUCCCAAAGGGUUGCUCCUUCAGCAGGGUGUUCUGUGCCAGAUCUUCCUCACCAAAUUGCCCUGCCUGGUGAUUCUACCCUUGCAGAAGCCUCUGUACCCAUUGAAGGUUUCAGAUGCAGAGUAUCUGGAUUUAACAAGAGAAAACUCUCAAUAAUCACUGAUUCUAAGGGAAGAUAUGCUCUCUGCAAGGACAAAGGGCCCUUAUCAUCAGAUCACCAGAUGGUCUGUGCUAUCCUAACAAGAGAGUUGUGGUCAGUCAUUUUUGAUUCACAAAGAGGCUAAGCACCGGUUCCCACAUAGAGCACUGGUGCAAGUAGGCAGUGGGACAAAUGGAGUACAUAAGCUAACAAACUGAGCAUCUCCCCGAAGUGGAAGGAACCGGAGAUCUCUGUUUCUAGGGCAAUGGCAAUCUGCUAAGAUCUUGCUUGAGAAAAAGGACAUGAUCAGCCAGGGUAUACGGUUUUGCAAAUUAUUAAUAAUAAGUGUAGUAUAAGGUUCAACUUUCUCUACGUCCCUUUAUUUUUGAAUCUCUUCUCUCCUGGGUAGAGAACCACAAUAUCACUUAGACCUGAGGACCAAUUUCCUCACAAUUUAGUUUUUGACAUCAUAAAGAGGAUAAGGUGUGGUACCUCCCCAGACCCUCUACAAGUCCCUGUGCACACAUUUUAUAUGGCACUGACCUCAUUAUAUUUCAAUUGUUUGUUGGCAAAUUGUCUUUCUCAUGGAGUAAGGAAAGUUUCUUUCCUCCAUGGCCCCUCCCUUUUUAAAAAUAAUUUCACUGUUACACAUGUGUCGGUUGGCUGUCAAACAAGAAAUUGCAACAUCGUAUUUGAAAGGAAGACCUUAUCUAUAAUUGAUGGCACCUGUAAUAGAUAAAUGAUGGAAAACUAUAUGCCAUGGUAUGUAAUUGACUGAGGUUCUAUACAGUGGAAGUUAUGAAGUCUGAGGUCUCAUUGGAGUUAUGUUCUUUCAUUUAAAGAAAGUGUGGAAUUAUGAGAAAUGAAACCUUAUUUCCUUCCCAAAACAAAGUUCUUAGACUGUCUACUAAGGAAUUUUGGUGUCAUUGUCUUUCCUCUAAUGAGAUUAACCAUUAAAAUAUCUUGCUUGACUUGUA